CCACCACCACCAUCAUCAUCCUCACCACCAUCAUCACCACCACCAUCAUCAUCACCACCACCAUCAUCAUCAUCGCCAGAUCACCACCAUCAUCAUUGCCAUCACCACCGUUAUCACAGAUCACCACCAUCAUCAUUGCCAUCACCACCGUUAUCACCAUCACCACCACCAUCCUCAUCACCAUCACCACCAACAUCACCAUCGCCACCACCAUCGUCAUCAUCACCACCAUCAUCAUCACCACCAUUAUCAUCACCAUCACCA